AUGCCUGACUCGGGUGAUUCACCAGAGAGAGCCGCAAAGCGCCUGAAAAACAACAGCAUGGUCGGCGUUGAAGCAGCGAGUGACUCGAAUGGCGAUGAUGAUGAUGCAUCUGUGCCAACGAGUACUCAAGCGUACGCACCAAAAUGGCGCCGUACACCAGCUCGCAGCGUCUUACAUCCCAUGACCUGGAAAGAAGCGAAUGAAUGGAAGAUGCAAACACACAACCCUUUGAGGAUGCAGCAGGAUACUGAAAUUCAUGGUUCGACACGUACACGGAAACACUCUGAUCAAGCGACGCCAGAACUAGCGCACAACGUUGCGUCGCACUACAACCAGCGCCAGGAUGUAGGCACAGAAGCGCGGAAAAACUCUCCUAUUAUCGGACUUAAGAGAUUCAAUAACUGGGUCAAGUCAGCUUUAAUCAAUUUGUACGCGCCACCUGAAUCAGAGGAUCAGAAAGGCAUUCGCAUCCUCGAUUUGGGGUGCGGGAAAGGCGGCGAUUUGCGCAAGUGGGAUCAACAGCAUGUGUCGGAAAUGGUGAUGCUGGAUAUUGCCGAUGUGUCUAUUCAACAUGCUCGCUCGCGUUAUACUGAAAGUUCACUUCCCUGGGAUGCGCACUUUUUUGUGGGUGACGGAUUCCGUACACCAUUGGACCAGCUCGUACCCGAGUCCUUGCUGGAACCCAUGUUUGACGUGGUUACGAUGCAGUUCUGCCUCCAUUACGGAUGGGAUACGGAGGAAAAUGCACGUACGAUGCUGACCAAUGUCGCGAAAUGGCUGCGUCCUGGCGGCAUCUUCAUCGGUACGAUACCCGACGAAGAGACCCUGUUUGGUCGUUUGGAGGAAACAGGAGAUGCCACGGCUCUUGAGUUUGGUAACGACGAAUACAAAGUCGAGUUCGAUAUCCGCUUUGCUCAGGGAGAUAUGCCUUUCGGCAACAAGUAUCAUUUCUGGCUGAAAGAUGCUGUCGAUAAUGUGCCAGAAUAUGUGGUCGACUGGCGCAUGCUCGAGUCGAUCGCGAGUGAGGUGGGACUGCGCCUCACAUACAAGGCACGCUUCGAUCAAAUUCUUGUGGAUGGAUACCAGAACAAGCAUCUCCGAUAUCUGCUCCGGCGCAUGAAUGUGCUUGAUCAGAGUGUCACGGCGGACGGGUCUGUCGCACCUAACGUGACUACUAGUCUUUGGGAGGCAUGCACUCUCUACGUCGGAUUCGCAUUUCAAAAAGAUCAUUUUUAA